GACACGUUGUGGAUGAGUCGUACUAAUGUAUGGACACACGAACACUCACAGACUGACGGAAUGGGUCACGUUUGGUUUUUAUGCACAGUUCUACUUUUAUUCGCCUUACCUGGAGCGCGGUUUGAACCUGUUAUCAUUCCCAAUGCCACUCAUCUGGUGAUACCAAAAGGUGGACAACUGCAACUCAGUUGUCAUGAUAAUACAGAGGCGAGCAAGGUGCAAUGGAUACGGGAAAAAGGUCGGAAAAUUGAGGGAGGGCUAGAGGAAGAUGGAGCUAGUAUCAUCCUCCUCACCUCUACACAGGUACAGCAUAUGGGCCGUUACACCUGUGAAAACACACAAACGGAGGAGAAGAGCUCCAUCUACAUCUAUGUGAAAGAUUUGGAGAAUCCUUUUGUGCGCUCCAUGGUGGAUGGCCUUUUGGUGAGGGAAGGAGAGGAUGGCACUCUUCCUUGUUUAGUAACAGAUCCAGCUGUCAAUCAGCUGUCCCUUCUGACCUGUGGUGGCUCUGGUCUACCAGCUGGCCUCACCUACAAUGCACACCCUCAGAAAGGGAUCACCAUCAAAAAUGUCUCCAGAGCUUUUGAGGGCUGCUACAUUUGUGCAGGAGAGAUGGAUGAAAAACCUGUGAAAUCAAGCCCGUAUAACUUGGGUGUGCGGCCAGUCCCGGAGACAGUGCCAUCGAUCAGCCUAUCCAGAAUCGAAAAUGUGAUUCUGAUUCAGGGUGAGGAGUUUGUGCUCAACUGUAGCACCAUCAACAUCAACCAUGAUAUCAGCCUGAGCUGGAGUAUCCCUUCUGAAACGAUAGCAAUGCAAAGCCAAAAAUCAAACAUCCUGCCUGGUUCUCGAGAAUAUCAGCGCUCAGCAGGACUGCACAUCAAAUCUGUGAAGAUGAAUGACUCAGGAGUCUAUUACUGUAUUGCAAAGAAUGAGAAAGGUGUCUCCAUGGCAACUGCCAAUCUGGAGGUUUACGAGCAUGGUUUCAUUAACCUUACGGAGGGAGAGGACAGGGUGGUGGAGGUGAGAGAGGGAGAAAGCCUGACCCUCAGCGUGGAGAUGACUUCAUACCCCAGUCCCACCGAAUUCUACUGGAUCUAUAACAACCAACAGCUCAAAAACACAUCUGAACACGUCAUUACACUGCACAACCAGCAGUACAGGUACAUCAGUAAACUAAGGCUGGUUCGAGUUCAUGGAUCAGAGGGCGGGAUAUACACUUUCUCAGCCAAUCACACAUAUGCAUCUGUCAAUCAGUCCUUCACCGUCCAUGUUAUAUGUAAACCAGUGAUAGUUUCCCAGGAGGGGCCGGUUGAUGGACAGGUGCGGUGUGUUGCUUCAGGAUAUCCUGUCCCAAAAAUAUCUUGGUAUUACUGCAAGCCGCCACAUACACGGUGCUCCCACCUGUUGAAUGCGACACAUGCAGAUGAGGAGUUUGCCGUGGUCAAAGUGUCAGGGGCAGAAUUUGGACGAAGCGAGGUGGAUAGUCGACUUAAUGUCAGCAAAGGAAAAUUUCACACACUUGAGUGUGUGGCAACAACCCAGGGAGAGCAGGCCUACACCCUCUUUUCCAUCAGUGGUGAGAACACAAACACGCUCAUGUUUACCUUGCUAGCUAAAUGAGAACAUUAGACCCAA